GUCUAGUCUAUCUCUUAAUAGACUAUACUCACAAUUCAACCACAAUAUUUCCCCUUUUUACAUCCUAUCAUAUCUUUUCCAUACUCUAUUUUGACCCUCACAAAACUAAACUUAUCCCAUUCUUUUGCCUCCACAAUGCCCAAAAUUAUACUCUUCCUCUUCUUUUUCAUCUUAGUUUCUUCAUCACUACCACUCUUACAAGGUUCAAGAAUUCAAGCAUUAAUUUCUCAUUCUCAAAGGGCGUUACAUUAUGAGGGUGGUAGAAAAAGAUGGGUGAAAAAGAAUAUGAGAAGAUUGAUGAUAGGAUCAGUGGCUCCAACUUGCACUUACAAUGAAUGCAGAGGAUGCAAGUACAAAUGCAGAGCAGAACAAGUUCCAGUCGAAGGGAAUGACCCAAUGAAUAGUCCUUAUCACUACAAAUGUGUUUGUCACCGUUAAUUCCCACACACCAGCAGCACCCUUACAAGAACAACCCUAUUUUUAAAUUUUCAUCUUCUUUUUUUUCUGGUUCGGGUUGCUUGAAUUUUGUUUUGUUUUUAUAGUGUAAUGUUGAAUCAUUAUUCCUCUUCCUUCAAAUGGAAAAACACAUUUUUGCAUCUU